GAAGCAGAGAAGCUGGGGCGGGAGCACGUGUAGGUAAACAGUCCUGCAUGCAGCCUCCACAUUGAAUUGAGCUUUACAUACAUUUUUUCUACUGUGGCUUUGUGUUACCCACUUGAAAAUGACCAGUGUACCAUUUCCUGAGAUCAGCCUAGAGCCCUGGCUGAAUAAAGUUCUUGAGUGGGGUAGCACAACCUCGCCGGAAAUCCAGCAAGAUGUCCUCCUACGCUUGCCAGAAUUGCAUGAGUUCCUGCAGAAGAUGUACCAAACUCUAAAGCAUAUGGAGCCAACUACAGCCAUAGAAAAACUUCCUGCACUUGGUCAGUUUUUGGGCCGUCUUUGCUGGAACCCCUUUGUUAUUGGGCAUGAGGAUACUCGACAGAUGCUGAUCUCUUGUCUUAGCUGCUUGUUCAGCAGUGAACCACAGAAUGCCAUUGACAGAAAAGCCAAUAGCUGGAUAAAGGAACUUUUUUGUCACCUCCUUUCUUCAUCUGGAAAAGAAAGAGAAGACCCUCACGUCUUUGCCUCACUUGAAUGUACAGCUGUUGACUACUAUGAAAAGCUUUUGAAAAAUAUCAUUUCGUCAUUAAUUAAGCAGCUGAGAAGAAGUCCCCAAGAUAACAAAACGGAACUGUCGGCUGAGCAUGUACGCUCCAUGUGCAUUACAUGUAUUCCUUUUCUUACCUUGGCUGAAGUAGUCCCAUUGCUGGAAGCCUUACUACACUACCAGGGAACUGAACCAUAUGAAGUUCUUGACAGUCAAUUCUUAUAUGCUGUAAAUGAUGCAAUUCAAAAGAAGAAGAUUGUGCUAAGUGAAUCAGCAGUACUUAGCUUGUGGCUUCGUCAUUUGCCGAGCCUUGAAAAUGCAGUGCUGGAUCUAUUACAGAGAUUAAUUGCUCUCCAAAGCAAAUCAUUCAGAGAAAUGGAACAGAUUAUAAAAGAUUCAUACUUGCCUCAAGCUGCUUGUAACCCGGCCAUAUUUAGUGUAACUGAUGACAUAUUCAGGGGUGCAAUUUUGGAAAGUGAAGGAAACAUCAAAAUAAUAACCAUCAUACGACUUUUUACCCAUUGCUUUCUCCAUGAAUAUUAUAAGGACAAUGCUAAGGCCAGGCUGCCACUACGAGCUUACUUUUCAUACAAGAAUACUCCCCUCGUGUUGGCAUUACUCAGAAAAGGUGAAGGACUGGCACCCAAUACCUGCAUUCAACAUUUGCAUACCAUUGUGAAAUUGUUAAGAAGUGUGGACAGUGAAGAGAGAUCUCACGAGAAUGUCUUUCAAUCCUGGUUUUUGCUAAUCCGUUUAGGAGGAUGGGUGGACAUUGCAGCAGAGCAGCUGUUGACGUCAGACCCUGAAAUUUCAGACGACCUGCUGUGGCUUUUGGCAUUUUACUACAAUCCAUGCAAUGAGAGCCAAAGCAGAGGUAGAACAAUGGUUGAAGCUAAAGCUGUUUAUGAAUGCUUGGUGUCACUCCGGAGAAGUUCAACCAUAUGUGCCAUGUCGUUUCACAAAUUAUUCGUUCAAGAAAAUAAACCGGAUACAUGGCAUCCAACUACUCUGCAGUUGAUUAGACAUCUGUGUGCCACUUUCCUUGUGUUCUGUCCCGAGUGGCAUAGUGUGGCCAAGGACUGUGUUUCUUAUAUGACUCAGACACAGGAAGCUACCAGUGAAGUUUCUGACGUACUGGCUCGUACUUUAAGCAGACUUGAUAUUCCAGGAAUGGAAUGUCAGAAGAUGAUCACGAUAGUAUACAAACUGCUGCAAGAUUUAUAAUAUGAAUCAGAAAAACAAGAAUUAAUGUGCCUUAUAACAUUGUAUAUACACGUUGGAUCCUUCUCUCUUUUCCAGUAAAAGUUUCAUGUCUCUUGGCAUUGAUUUGUCCAUAUCACUUUUUCCUGUACGAAAAUGGAGCUAUUUAUUCACAGCUUUGACUCCUGAGAACGGCUUAUUUAGAAUGCAGAUGUCAGGAAGUUGCUUGUGAGCAGUUUAAUACUGAGUGAUUUGGACUUUUCAGCAAGAAUAUUUUUAACAUGAUUUAUUGUACCACUUGUGUAUAUUAGGAAAUUAAAAAAAUGUGUUGUUA